AUGACCUUCUCGAACGACUCGGGUGCAAAGGGCCGCAAUGGGGAUAUUCAAGCCGGCGAACGUUCCCUCAACGGAUCAAGCAAGGAGGGGUUGGUUGGGACGGCAUUCCCGCGCAGGAAGCUGAAGAUCGUGAUGCUGGGAGCUGGAAUCUCUGGGAUUCAGUUUGCACAUGAUGUGGAUACGCGCAUGCAUGAGGUCGACCUGCAGAUUUUCGAGAAGAACCCGGAGCUAGGCGGCACCUGGUACGAAAACCGAUACCCGGGUUGCGCAUGCGACGUCCCUGCCCAUACCUAUCAAUUCUCGUGGGAGCCUAACAAGCGGUGGACCAAGUUCUAUGCCCCUGCGCCAGAAAUCCGACAGUAUCUCAAUGAUGUUGUUGAUAAGCACGGGCUGCGAAAGUACAUGUACUUUAACCACCGAGCCAUCUCUGCAACGUGGCACGAAGGGUCUUCUACUUGGCGUGUUGAGCUGGAGACAAUGGACAGCUCGGGGAAUCUCACUGUUGUCUCGCGGGAGUGUGAUGUGCUUGUCAAGGGCGUUGGCACUCUGAACAACUGGAAAUAUCCGGACAUCGAAGGAUUGUCGACUUUUGCUGGCAAACUCAUGCAUACGGCAAAUUGGGACGAAACAGUGGACCUCACUGGGAAGCGUAUCGCGGUGAUCGGAAACGGGGCCAGCGCAGUCCAGUGCGUUGCGGCAGUCCAGCCAAUUGCAAAGAAGCUUGUAAAUUAUAUGCGCACUGCAUCUUGGAUGAUCCCUCAUCUCUUCUCCGAUGGCGCUGUCCAGAAAGACUACUCGGCCAAGGACUGGGGAAAGUUCGAGAAGGACCCGGAAUACUACCUUCAGUAUCGCUUGAGACUGGAAAAGACCCUUGCUAGCGGGUUCGAGGCUAUCUGGUCAGGAAGCCCGGCUCAGGCCAGGCUCGAGAAAGAGACAGUUCAACAUAUGAGGGACAUGAUCCAAGACCCUCGCCUUCUGCAAACACUGUUGCCUAAAUUCGAGCUUGGCUGCCGGCGCUUCACGCCCGGGGACCACUAUCUGCACGCCUUACAACAGGACAAUGUGUCUGUUAUCUCGGACAGCAUUGUCCGUAUGACAGAAAAAGGUAUUGUUGAUGCAACGGGCACAGUCACCGAAUGCGACAUCAUUAUAUGUGCUACUGGCUUCGAUGCAUCAUUCGAGCCGAGAAUGCCUACCAUAGGAAGAGAUGGUUACUCUCUGUCGGAAAAUUGGGGCAAAGACAAGCCUACCGAGGCGUACAUGGGUGCCGUUGUUGCUCGCUUUCCUAACCUGUUUGUGUUCAACCCACCCAUUACUCCCGUGCUCGGAUCUUCCUUUCCCGGCAUCCAGGCAACCAGCGAUUACAUACUCCGGUUACUCGACCGACUGCAGACCGAUAACCUGAGAUCCAUGGCGCCCAAGGAGACUGCUCAGAGGAGCUUCAAUGAAUGGGCCCAGGAACAACUGCGGAACAUGGCUUUCAGCGGAGAUUGCAAGUCUUGGUAUAAAAACUCAAAGGGAAAAGUGUUCAUUCCUUGGCCUGGCACGGUUACUCAUUAUAUCCUGACCACGUCGUUGAUUCGCUGGGAGGACUUUGACUUGAUCUGGGCUAAUCCCGAGAACAAGUAUAAAUCACUAGGUAACGGCGUUACUGAAGAGGGUGUUGCAGUUGAUUCUCCGUCCUGGGUGUUCUAG